UACUGCCUGCCAAUCAACCCCCACAGUGGGUGAGGAACGGAACCUGCUCUGGGUUUAUUGUAAAUGCUGCAAAAGGGAAGCUGCAGAUUGUGAGCACAGUUGUACAGCAGGCUGGUUAGAGCUGGCUGGUUUGUCUCGGGGCACAAGAGCGAUGACCACCUCACCAGAACCCACCGCUGAGUACGACUACCAGACCUACCCAGGUCUGUUCUGUGACCUUCAGGAUGUGACCUAUGCAAAGACAUUCAUCAUUUUAACCUACUGCCUAGUUUUCAUCUUUGGCACCUUUGGGAACAUUGUCGUGAUUGUUAUUAUGAGAUCAAAGAAAAAGUCGAACCGUUUGGCUGAUGUAUUUAUUACCCACUUGGCAGUUGCAGACCUGGUUUUCCUUCUAACAUUACCUUUCUGGGUAGCUUCCACAGCCCUGGACUAUCACUGGCCCUUUGGACAGAGCCUCUGCAAGAUCUGUAGCUAUAUUCUGGUUGUCAACAUGUACUCCAGCAUAUUCUUCUUGACUUGCAUGGGCAUUGACAGGUAUUUGGCCAUUGUGCUUGCCCUGAACUACAGCUAUCUGAGGAACAGGAGGUAUGCUAUUGUUACCAGCUUGGUGAUCUGGCUUCUCUCAAUGAUCCUGGGACUGCCCACUCUCUCAUUCAGACACUUGCUGGAAUAUGAUGACAAGUGGAUCUGCUCUGAGGAAAACACCCUCUCCAAGAAUGUCUUCACCCUUGUGAUUAGGUUCAUAUCUUUUGUCUUGCCCCUGGCUAUCAUCACCGUGUGUUACUGUUCGGUGGGUUUCAAACUCUACAGGCACUUCGACAGAAGGACCAAGGAGCAAAGGAAGAAAAGGAAGUCAAUCAAGAUUGGCUUCUGGAUCAUCACCAUGUUCGUCUUGUCCUGGCUUCCUUACAAUGUCUUAAAGACCCUGGAUGUGUUUGUCCAGAUAUUGACUAUAAAUGUUUCGUGUGACACCCAUGAAGCCAUGAGUAAAGGUCUCAAGGUCUCCACCUGCCUGGCCUUCUUCAAUAGCUGCGUCAACCCAAUUGUCUACUUGGUCUUCGAUUGUUAUUUCAGGGAGAGCUUCGUGCAACUGCUGCCCUUUCAGUCAGCCAGGAAACCAAGGAGUCAUUCAUCCACAUCACUGGCUGAUUCAACCAAAUCCCAGAGGCAUAACAUCUCGUUGAAAGAACCAUUCAACUUGUCAAAGAUCAGUUCAUAAUCCAAAUCAGGUGGAGGGCUGGUGAUAAUCCAGACAAACUUGUAUAAAGUGUGGUGCUGGAAAAGCACAUUCCUGAUGAAGGGCUUACGUCUGAAAUGUCGAUUCUCCUGCUCCUCGGAUGCUGUGUGAUCUGCUGUGCUUUCCCAGCAUCACACUCUCGACUCUGGUCUCCAGCAUCUGCAAUCUUCACUUUCUCCAACUUGUAGAAAGUUCCAGCUGUGUUCUGCAAUGCUGCGUCCGUAACUGCUAAAUGUGAACCUUCCUUCACUCCUUCACGCUCCUCAACGCUGUCAGAACUUUCUGCACAGUUCAGAAAUUUAACUCAACAUCAAAAACACAAAACCCGAGAAGGUUUGUAAAAACGAAAUUGUUAAGAAUUACUCUCAUGAGAUGUGGGCGGUGCUGGGGAGAUUUGCUUCCAAUUUCUACUUGCCCUUGAGAAAGACUAGACGAGUUACUUUGCUACAAUAGAUGGUAAAGUCUCACUGAAAUAAGGUGUAAAAUAUUUGCUUUUUCAGAUGUAACAUUUUCUGAUG